AUGGCAUCAAGUAAUUUUGAAGCCCUUGUACUACCAGAACCAAUAUAUGGUAUGGGUUUUGAACCAAUUGUUGGAGCAAACAUAUGUCAACAUUCAGACUUAAGCCUAGUUGCCAAAGUUAAACAUGCAUUAGGAAAAGCAUCUUUCACGAAGCUUCAAUCUUCCUUCCUUGGGCCUAUCAUCAAUCUUUCGGCCAGAGACAUCAAAUUUUCUGGGAAAUUAUUCCACUACGUGAUGCUGAGAAGGCUGAAGACAAGAGGGAGAAACUUAUGGUUUACAGUCGACAUGCAACCUCUUCGGUUCUCCAUGAGAGAGUUCUUCCUUACAACAGGGAUUCAAUGCAAACCUAUUCAUAGAGAACCAAGGAAUAACCGCAAAGAUCCAAUUAGUGAACCAUAUUCUUGGGCGGUGAGAGGAGAUUACACUUUAACUCAACUUCAAUAUCGACUAUUUAAUGAACCAGAAGAGGGUGAAGAACCUUUGGAUGACAAGGAAAAGGAAUGCCUCGCUGCAGUGGUAUUAACAGAAGGUAUUUUGAUGACACCAUAUUCAUUAGAGAAGAUACCUCUGUCUAGGCUUAAGCAUGCAUCGGAUUUCGAGAUGUAUACAGCCCAACCAUGGGGCAAGGAAGCGUAUAACAUUCUCGCCACAUGCAUUCAGAAAUUCGAUAAAGAUUCUUGGUCAAAAGGUCAGUAUAGUGUCAAGGGAUUUCCCAUGGCAUUAUAUAUAUGGGCCUUGAGUGCUGUUCCAAUUUUUGGUGAUACAUUUGCGAGAAGAUGUAAUUUUUCCAGAACAUUUUAUCCACUGAUUCUCAACUGGCAAUCAAGUCGAUAUACAAAGUUUGAUGAUAUUGUUGAAGCUAUUAAGAAAGCAACUUGUGUUGAAGUCAAAACAAUAAUUGGAGAUCCACAAGAAUAUAAGCAUUUGGUUGAUAAAGAUGACAAUGAUUUUGAAGAAGUUAUUGGCUUGGUUAUGAAAGGCUAUAGGUUGAAGAAAGAAGAAUGGUCUUCUAGAUUAGUUGAUAUUUACUAUGCUUUGGGAGAGUUGGGUGACAAAAUGGGGGAAAAAUUGCCAGUCUUUGAGAAACAUGAGAAAAUGGAGAAAAAUUUGUCAGAUUCAGAAAAACUUGACAUAAUCCUCUUUAUGUUAGAUGACUUCAACAAAAGACUAGAAGCCAUUGAAGAAGCUGUCAAAACCACAUCAGGGGAAGAUAAGGAUAAAGGAUCUCACGAAGAUGAAGAUGGACAGAAUAGAAAUGAAGAGGUUAUAAAUGAAGAGGCUGGCAAACAAAAUGUUGAUGGAGAUAUUGCUAGAGAAGAUUUCGUAGAAAGCCAGUCUGCAGAUUCUGUCCGUCCGUCAAACACACAAGAUGGGAGCUACGCUGCAGAUGAUGAAAACACUCAAAAAACUGGUGGUGAUGAUGGUAAUUACUUUGAAGAAACACCAAAGGAUAAAUCUCCUUCUCCACGCCCUUCUACACCAAAAUUUGAUCUUCUUUCUGAAGAAGAUGAGGUUAGUGAAAAAGAUAAAAGCAUGGAUAAAGAGAAGGGAGCAAGCAGUAAGAAGAGAGGUUUGAGAGAGAGAAAACAGAGAAAGUGUAAGCAAAGCAAUGAUGGUGAUGAUGAUGUUAUGAACAGAAAAGAGAGGAAGAAGCGUAAACCAAGUGACAAUCCAGAUGCUGAUAUUCAAGCUAGAGAAGGGCCACAGAAAAAGAAGAGUAAAUCUGAUGAUGUUGGUGGAGUGCAAAGAAAAAGUGAACGAAAUACAAUUCCUUCUAUUCACACUCAGCCGCCUUACACGGCCGAGAAGAAGAAGGACCCAAUACUUUAUCCUUUUUCCAAAGUUGAUAAGACCCGGUUAGAUGUAUUUAGUGACUGGAAGACUUCAAGGAAAACAAAAGCAACUAACAAUUCUGGGUAA